AUGCCGCCGGCACAAGCACUAGCCGCCGUCGCGGACCGCGUGCCAGCAGCCACGGACGCGCGCCACACCACACCACAGCCCAGCCACCUCCGCCGCCGCAGACCUGCGAGCGAGCAGCGCGCGGCGGCCGUGAGGGGCGACGACGCCCACCGUCGUCGCGCGCAGCCACAACCACCGGGGCGCCGCCGCGCCGCGCCGCCGCGGCUGCCACCGUGCACCGCACCGCGCGGCCACCACCGCCCCGGGACCCGCCGCAUUCGCCGAAGAAGAUGGCACCGGCUGCCGGAGAGUCGUCUGCCGUCGGGGCCGCCCCACCACCUCCAAACGCAAAUCCACCCCGGGUGCCGCCGGAUCCAGCCACACCGGCGCUGGAUCCGCCGCCGCAGCCACCCCGACAAGGGCUUACCGUCACCGCCGCAACCACGGAGGCCCCACGACUCCGGCCAUCUGCGCGAGAGGAAGGGAAAGGAGGCCUCACCGCCGCCAUCCUAG